AUGCCCCGUUUGCGCCCGGAAUUUUUCUUGAUUGAGUUCUUACUUGAUCCUUCGUUCGCUGGAACCAGUUAUGGGGCAAUAAAGAGCAACUGCGUCCAUCCAAUCUUUCCCCCCCGAAAAUUGGCGGGAAAUGUCCUGGAUGGGAGUCAUCGCAACCGGGCGAAACAGGCUAUCCAGUCGGGGCCGGCGGAAGUUGACUUGGAGGAUGAGAAGCGAAGGAGAGAAACAGAUCUCGAAGCUGGGUUGGAUUAUGCUACGUCAUCUGUUUGUCCGCGUUUCUCCAUCCAGCGUCUAGAUCUAGGCAACUGUCAAAAACGAGACGCAGCAAAAAUGGGGCAAAAUAAUAUUUUUCAAGACCACUUUUGCUGA